AUGCAAAUGACAGUUUACAAAUAAUUUUUAUAUCGAACUCAGACAAGUUUUUUCUCAAAAUAAGUAUUAUAAAUAUUCAAAUUAUAGAGUCUCAGAAUAGAAUACUAUUAAGAUACAUACAAUCCUGUUUAAAUCCUAAAUGGAGUUUAAUAGCUCUCUUCUUAUUCGUUUAUUUUUUGUCUUUAUGUCUUAGUACUAAUUAAUCAAGUAAUUAUAUUUUUUAAAUUUAGUAUGAUAUUCUAAAAAGGGUUAUUAUAUAGAUAAAAUAAUAGUGGGAAGUUAUUUAGUAACAAAUUAUCUAUUCAGAUGAUAGGUGUAGAUACAAAUUGUUAUUUUUUAAACCUUCUGUGAUUUCAAUAUUCCUUAAUUUCAUCCUAUACUUUGCUUUGAGUUCAUUUCUAAAGUUUUCACAUUUGUUAGCUAAGAUAGAUUACUUCUGUUGA